AUGGGAGACUACGACCGCGGCGGCUGGGGCAACCAGGGCGGCUUUAACCAGGGCGGCUUCAACCAGGGCGGCGGUUUCAACGACCGCGGGGGCGACAGGGGCGACUCCUACGGCGGAGCCUGGGGAGGUGGCCGCGGCGGAGGAGGUUCCCGAGGCGGAGGCUUCUCCAACGUGAGGCCCGGCGACUGGUCGUGCCCCAACGGAUGCGGAAACGUGUUCGCGUCCAAGUCCAACUGCUUCCGCUGCGGCGUGCCCAAACCCGAGGGCGCCGGCGACUCGUACGAUCAGCAGGGCGGCGAUCGCGGCUUCGGCGGCGGCUGGGGCGGCGGCGGCGGCUACCGCGAGCGCUCCGCCCCGUCCCGCCGCCCCGGCGACUGGGACUGCCCCGCGGGCUGCGGCCUCGUCUUCGCGUCCAAGUCCAACUGCUUCCGCUGCGGCGUGCCCAAGCCCGAGGGCGCGGGCGACGACUUCAACGGCGGCGGGAACUUCAACGGCGGCGGCGACGUCAACGGUGGCGGUUACGUCGACCCCGGGCAGCCACCCCGCGACCACGGCGCCCCGCCGGCGCAGGGCGGCUACUGA